AUGGCUCGGUUCGUAGGCUGUUUUCUUGCCGUUUGGGCAUCGUUGGUGCUAUCCAGUUCGGCUCAGUAUCUCCAGAAUGAAGGCCUACUGCAGGCUCAGGCAACGUGUGUGGAAUACCUCGGAAUAUCGGAAACUCGCUUGGCGCAGUACAACAUCAGUGUCUACCCCCCGGAUCGCGAAACAAUGUGCAUGGUACGAUGCACUGGAAUCGUUCUUGGCUUCUGGGACGACGAGCAAGGCCUACUCAUUGACGGAGCAAAGCAACUUUUCCCGGACUCCUGCGAUGUGGAACUGAUUUCACAGAAAGUGCUUCAAUGUGCCGAACGCAAGUUGCUAUCGUGUGACCCCUCGGAUGCUUGCGCCAGAGCCUACUACUCCUUCCGUUGUGCCAUGCGCAAAUUUGAACCAUCCGGUUCGUCGUCUACCAGUCGGAAACUAACGGCGGAGAAAUUCCUUAAAGCGUUAUUCACCUGCUCCAAAAUCCUACGUAUCCCGCAGGAUCAUCUGAAGCUCUACAAUCAAGGCGUAUUCCCGGACGAUGCGGAAACUCGUUGCCUCUUCCGUUGCGUUGGAAUUCGUCUGGAGCUAUACAGCGAUACCACUGGGCCCAAUCUGGAGCGACUGCACGCCGAGUUUGCCGAAGAUCAACCCUCGGAGGAGUUCAAAUCGAGGGCCAGGCUCUGCAUCGAAGCCAACCGCCCCUUGAUCCAGGACAACUGCACAGCGGCCUACCGGAAUCUGUAUCUCUGCUUCCGGGAGCACUUCAAUGCGUUCACCACUCAAAAUCGACAAGCUCUGCUGAGCCACGCGUCGAGUGCACCAUCCUACAGCGACCUGCAGACCGAUAUGCUCUUGUACAACGAUGACAUUUAG